CGACGACAACCACCACUCUCUUCUGCUCGUACAACGUCCAUCUCCACACCCGAAAAAACUGACAAUACUUUCGGCCACGAUCAUGAAUGCCACUGAGCUACUCGCAAAUACCCUCUCCGCCGAUGCACACACGCGUGAAGAUGCGACCCAAAAGCUCGAGAGCGCAUCUAGAGAGAACUAUCCGGCGUACAUGCUGAUGCUCUCCUCUGAGCUCGUCAACGAGUCUUCACCUGUCCACGUUCGGAAUGCUGCUGGCCUUGCCCUCAAAAAUACCCUAUCGGCACGAGAAAUCGCGCGGCAAGCCGAGUACGCCAACCGCUGGCUUGCUCUUGACGAGAACACGAAGAACAAGGUCAAACAGGAUGCGCUCAUGGCCCUCGCCUCCCCCAACGGCAAGGUUGGUACGGUGGCUGCGCAGUUCGUCUCCGCUAUCGCGUCCGUGGAGUUGCCGCAAGGGCAGUGGAUGGAUGUCGUUGGGAUCUUGUUGGGCUUCGUGAGUGACCCCUCAAAUGUGAACCUCAGGGUGGCUACCCUCCAAGCGAUCGGCUUCAUCUGCGAGUCCUUGCAAAGCAAACCGGAAAUCUUGUCCCUGCGUUCGAAUGAGAUCCUCACUGCUGUCAUUCACGGCGCGCGUAAAGAGGAGCCAUCACAGGAUGUUCAACUCGCAGCCAUUCAGGCUCUGCUUAACUCACUAGAGUUUGUCCGCGACAAUUUUGAGCGUGAAGGAGAGCGCAACUACAUCAUGCAGGUUGUGUGCGAGGCUACUCAGAACCCCAACUCGGCUGUUCAGGUUGGAGCGUUUGAGUGCUUGGUGAAGAUCAUGUCAUUGUACUACGACAAGAUGGGCUACUACAUGGAACGCGCGUUGUUUGGGGCAAGUCUCACUGUGAUGGGCAUGAAGCACAGUGAAGAGAACAUCGCCCUUCAAGCCAUUGAAUUUUGGUCUACAGUUUGUGAGCUCGAGACCGAGCUUGCUUGGGAGGCAUCGGAGGCGAACGAAUACGGGGAGGUCCCCGAGAACGAGAGCAAGUUCUUCGCAAAGGUUGCACUUCCCGAGAUUGUUCCCGUGCUCCUGGAUCUCCUUACUCAUCAAGAUGAGGACGACGAUGAGGAUGAGUGGAACGUCGCCAAAGCCGCCGCGACCUGUUUUGGUUAUCUCUCGACUGCCGUCCAAGAUACGAUCGUUCCAGCUGUCAUUCCGUUCAUCGAGGCCAACAUUCGCGCGACUGACUGGCACUUGCGCGAGGCAGCUGUGAUGGUGUUUGGCUCCAUUCUCGACGGGCCCGACCCCGCAGUGCUCAAUCCACUCGUUCAACAAGCCUUGCCGAUCCUCAUUGACAUGAUGGGAGACCAGAACACUCACGUGAAGGACACCGUCGCCUGGACGCUUGGACGUAUUUGCGACUUGUUGAUCUCUUCGAUCCGUCCUGAUGUGCACCUCCACCCACUCGUCUCCGCCCUUGUCAAUGGUCUUCAAGACAAUGCACGCAUUAUUGCGAACUGCUGCUGGGCGCUCAUGAACCUUGCUGACCAACUCGGGUUCAUCGAGGGGGAUGAGACUGAUACGUUCACCAACCCUAGCCCUCUCUCGCCAUACUACGACGGGGUCGUUCAGGCACUGCUGCGCGUUACGGAGACUGCCACCAAUGAAGGUAUACAGAGGACUGCAGCGUAUGAGGCUAUCACGUCCUUCGUAACCCACGCCACCUCCGAUACUAUCCCUGUGGUUCAGAAUACUGCGGUGACUAUUCUCAUGAGAAUGGAACAACUGCUUGCUAUGCAGAACCAAAUCGUGGGCGUCGAUGACCGCAACAAUUGGAGCGAUUUGAUGACCAACUUCUGUGGCGUCAUUACCGCUGUAAUCCGGAAGCUCAACGACGGCGUUCAACCUCUUGCGGACCGUAUCAUGACGCUCAUCCUCCAACUAAUCAACGCAGCGGGAAAGACUUCUACCCUCGUCGAGGACGCUUUCCUUGUCGUCGGGGCUCUCUCUGCUGCUCUCGAGCAGGGUUUUGCUCCCUACAUCCCCGCCUUCCUCCCUCAUCUUUACCCAGCCCUCAAGGCGCAUGAGGACACCCAGCUCUGCACUGUUGCCGUUGGUAUCAUUGGUGACAUAUCGAGGGCUCUUGGCGACCAGACCGCUCAGUAUUGCAGCGCUUUCAUGAGCGUGCUUUUCGAGAACCUCCAGAGCGAUGUCCUGAACCGCAAUGUGAAGAUCUCCAUCCUGUCGUGCUUCGGCGAUCUCGCAAUAGCGAUCGGUCCUGCCUUCGAGCCGUAUCUGCAGACUACCAUGGAGGUACUUCGCCAAGCCGGUGCCGUCCAGCCGAACCCUCUUGACAUCGAUCUCGUUGAAUAUGUCGGCCUACUGCGCGAGGGCAUUCUUGAGGCGUACACGGGUAUCGUCGCUGGUUUCAAGAACACUCCCAAGGCGGAGCUUCUCUUGCCUCAUGUCCCUUCUAUCUUGGAGCUCGUACAACGGUGUCUCGGGGACUCCGAGAGGACUGAGAGCACGAUCAAGCUCACGAUUGGCUUGGUUGGCGAUCUCGCGGACACCUUCCCGAACGGCCAGAUCAAGCAGUUCCUUCUUGCUGAGUGGCUCGCAAACGAGCUUCGCAUGAAGGGCCGCAUGGCACCCGAAACGAAGAAGACGCUUCGAUGGGCUCGCGAGAUGGUCAAGCGCGCGACGGCGUGAAGCUAGUCUCAGUCAGGGUCCUUGCCUGAUAAUCGUUUCUUUACAGCUCUUGUCUUUGUCUCGUGAAACUUACAGUCUCUUACUUUCCAUAUAUCUCUACGUUUAUGUCUACUCACUCAACGCUACUGUCGCCGCACCCAGCAAUCACUCGCCCUCUGAAGGAGGACAACGUCGCAUCUUACGCAUCCAUUAUGAUCCACACGCAUGUCGCAUCGCAUAUGUAGUAGAAUGAAGCCGCCCCAGCAGUUCCUCUCCCGCACCACCAUUGUACCACGCUCUGCCGUCCAUAGGACCGUACUAUUUCUGUGUUGAUCUUCACCGCUCCAGCUUCACUCCCACUCUCCUCUCACGUUUCUCUGAAUCAGUUGCCCAUAUCGUAUCGUUGAUCUGUUUGUCGCUGUCGGGGCGCGCACCUUGUAUCCCUGGGUCAUAUUCUGAAUCGUCAAUCUCGUCCUUUCUGCCCGACCGUGUUCAUUCACUUGAUGUCCCUUCAUCACCGCCACGCGCAAUCGCAGUAAUUAUUUCAUGUGCUCUCUUCCGCAAUUC